CAGCGUACCGGAAGUAAAUAUUCGGAAAAGGGAGGGACACUUUUGUCUAAAAAUACUGCUUUUUCUUUAUAAUGUAGCCAGAUUUUAAAGAUUCAAUUAUACUAGUCAUAAGAAUUUGAAGUAACUUGCCACAAAAAUGGCUACUGAGAAGAUCACCCUGCCAGAUGCGAUCCAGAAUGUGGAUGUGUUGGAUGAGCUUCCCCUGCCUGACCAGCAGCCUGGUAUCGAGGCUCCAGCCAUCACCAUCUCCUACACGACCAGCAUGGAUACAAACUUCGAAGAUCGCAAUGCGUAUGUGACGGGCGUUGCUAAAUAUAUUGAAGAGGCAACAGUUCAUGCAGAAUUGAAUGUCUUGCUGGAGGAGGGAUUUGGAUAUGCCUCCAUGCUGUACACAUGGAGGUGUUGCUCCAGAGCGUUGCCUCAGGUCAAGUCCAACGACCAACCCAACCGAGUUCAGAUCUACGAGAAGAUCGUUGAGGUGUUGGAGCCCCAAGUUCAAAAACUGACAGCUUUCAUGUAUUUCCAGAGAAAAGCCAUUGACCGUUUCUGCGGGGAAGUAAAGCGUCUCUGCCACAAGGAGAAGAAGAAUGACUUUGUCUCCGAAGCUUACCUGCUGACUCUAGGAAAGUUACUCAAUAUGUUUGCCGUCUUAGAUGAGUUAAAGAAUAUGAAGGCCAGCGUGAAGAACGAUAAUUCUGCGUAUCGAAGGGCUGCUCAGUUCCUGCGUGUUAUGUCUGAAGCACAGUCCAUUCAGGAGUCGCAGAGUUUGUCAAUGUUGCUGGCGACGCAAAACAAGAUCCGAGACAACCUGAAGGAAAGCCUCCAGCUGAUCCCCGGUUACGAAGACCUCUUGGCGGAAAUAGUCAACCUGUGUGUCUACAUGUAUGAGAACAAGACUUACGUACUUCCAGAGGAAAAACACAUGAUGGUCAAGGUGAUGGCAUUUGGUUUAUUCCUGAUGGAUGGUGCUGCAAAGGACGGCAGGGAGAUCAACAUCAACAAACUUGAUGCAAGGAAGCGUAUAAACCUGGCCAAGAUUGACAAGAUCCUAAAGCAACUAGAGGUCGUUCCUCUCUUUGGCGACAUGCAGAUCUGCCCGUUUAACUACAUCAAGAGGAGUCCGCAUUACGAUCCGGGAAAGUGGCAAAACUGUAACUCGAGUGCCCCAAGCGGCCAGUGCAACCUCCUGGAGCUCAUCCCCGGAAUGAGGGAGGAGCAUGUCCGGUACAUCAGCGAGCUGGCACGCCACAGUAAUGAGGUCACCACGACACAACGUGACAAUCCGCGAACUGAUACGGAAAAUAAAGAGCUUCACGAUCUGGCGUUGCGUGGCUUACAGAACUUGUCAACGUGGACGCUGACAGUUAUUGAGUUGUACUCCUGGAAACUUGUGAACCACACCGACCACCAUCAGAACCCACACUGUCCUAAAGAAGCGGAAGAAUACGAACGCGCCACAAAAUACAACUACAGCAGCGACGAGAAGUUUGCCCUGAUUGAGGUCAUUGCGAUGAUAAAGGGCCUGCAACUUCUGAUGCACCGGAUGGAGGCUGUGUUCAUUGAGGCAAUCAGUCGUAACAUCUUUACGGAGCUGCAGUCGUUUGUGCAGGUCACCCUUCGUGACCCUCUACGGAAGGCUGUCAAGAAGCAGAAGGAAGUUGUCAGAAGUAUCAUCACAUCAGUGCGAGACACCUGCGCAGACUGGUUCAGGGGCGUUGAACCGCAUGAUGACCCUGCCCUAAAGGGGCAGAAGGAUCCGAGUGAUGGGUACCAGAUCCGAGUACCGAGAAGAAAAGUUGGUCCCUCCAGCACGCAGCUGUAUAUGGUGCGGACAAUGUUGGAAUCUCUCAUCGACAAGGGCGGUGGAAAACGAACCCUGAGGAGUGCCAUUGACGCCAACAGCCUCAUCGCCAUUGACGAUUUCCAUAAGACGUCGUUCUUUUGGAAUUAUCUUCUCAACUUCAGCGGCACAUUGCAGAAAUGCUGUGAUCUGUCUCAGUUGUGGUACAGGGAGUUCUUCUUGGAGAUGACGAUGGGCAAACGCAUCCAGUUUCCGAUUGCGAUGUCGAUGCCGUGGAUUCUGAUGGACCACAUUCUGGAGACCAAGGAUGCGUCCAUGAUGGAGUACAUCCUGUAUCCCCUUGACCUCUACAAUGACAGUGCAUCCUAUGCUCUGACAAUCUUCAAGAAACAGUUCCUCUAUGACGAAGUUGAGGCAGAGGUUAACCUGUGUUUUGACCAGUUUGUCUACAAGCUGAGUGACCAUGUCUUUGCCUAUUACAAACAUUUGGCAGGAAGCUGUGUGGCAUCAUCUAUCAUGUUGGAUAAGAGAUUCCGUGCAGAGUGCGCCCAGCUGGGGACGAGGAUCAACUUCCCCACACCAAACAGAUACGAGACCUUACUCAAACAGAGGCACGUCAUGGUAUUGGGUCGCUCUAUUGACUUGAACAGACUGAUUGGCCAGAGGAUCACGAUAGCUCUUCAGAAGUCACUGGACGUUGCUAUCAGUCGGUUUGAGUCUGGAGACAUCACUGGUAUUGUGGAACUCGAAGGUCUGAUCGAGUGCAAUAAAUUGACCCACAAGCUACUUACCAAGCAUCUCAAGCUCAACGAGUUUGAAGCGAUGUUUAAGGAGGCGAAUCACAACGUAUCAGCGCCCUAUGGACGUAUCACUCUCCACGUUUUCUGGGAACUCAACUACGAUUUCCUGCCCAACUAUUGUUAUAACAUGGCUACAAACCGAUUUGUUAAAACCCAUUUUUCACUUGGGCAGCAGCUGCAGAGAGACAAGGCCCCAAGUGUCAUGCACCACUAUAUCUGGGGGACAAAGGACUUAAACCGUGCAUUCAGCAUGAUCUACAGCCUGUACAGUAACUUCGUCGGCACGCAACACAUGCGGGCCAUCUGUCGUCUGCUCGGCUACCAGGGGGUUGCCGUCGUCAUUGAAGAACUCCUGAAGGUCAUCAAGAGUUUGUGUCAGGGAACGAUCCAAAUGUAUGUCAAGACGCUCCUGAAGGUGAUGCCCAAGGCUUGCAAGUUGCUGCGCUAUGAGUAUGGUUCACCAGGAAUCCUUGGUUAUUUCCACGCCACCCUGAAGGACAUCAUCCAGUACCCAGAUCUAAAAACAGAAGUUUUCCAGAGUUUUAGAGAAAUUGGCAACAUCAUCCUCUUCACCCUAAUCAUUGAACAAAAUCUGUCUCUGGAGGAGGUAUCGGAUUUGAAACAUGCCAAUCCCUUCCAGAACAUCAUCCCGAAACCUUACAUACCCGUCAAAGAAGGCGACAAUAAGAAAGAGAAGGAACAAGAACUAAAGAUGAUGAUGAAACGUCUUGAGGCUAAGUAUGCAGCGCUACAAGUCGUACCAGUGAUUACCAAACUUGGCACAACAAAGCAAGCCGACAUCGCCGCCGAAGGUGACCUCCUGACCAGAGAACGCCUCUGCUGCGGUCUCUCCAUGUUCGAGAUCGUCCUGACACGUAUCAAGUCCUACCUCGAGGACGCCAUCUGGCAAGGUAGCGAACCUGCCAAUGGCGUCAUGAACAUCGAUGAGUGUACGGAGUUCCAUCGGUUGUGGAGUGCGAUACAGUUCGUCUAUUGUCUGCCGGUGUCCGAGACACAGUUCACAGUGGAACAACUCUUUGGUGAAGGUUUGAACUGGGCCGGCUGCGCCCUGAUAGUACUCCUUGGACAGCAGAGACGCUUUGAGGCGCUAGAUAUCUGCUAUCAUAUUCUACGCGUAAACAGGAUCGACAUGAAGGAUGAAAUGUGCAGUGGAAUCCCGUUGAAACGGAUGGUCGACCGCAUCAGAAAGUUCCAGAUUCUAAACAACCAGAUAUUUGCGGUUAUCAACAAGUACCUGAAGUCGAGCGAAGGUGACAACGUCCCAGUCGAGCAUGUCCGUUGUUUUCAACCGCCCGUGUUUCAGCCAUCGCAGAGUACAGUCUAGUGUCGUGUCGUUCCCCAAAUGACCAUUUGUGACCCGUCACAGCAAAAGCAGGCGCAUGUCGCUCUGAGCUUGGCAGGUUGAGACGGACUGUUUGUUCAUUUCUCUAUUGUCUGCCUUUUGUGAAAUAUGAGCACAUCGAUUUCUUCCAGUAUCUCCUGGUGUCAUUUCGUCUCAUCUUCUGUGUGACACACUCCUGGUUUUGCUGUGACGGAUCACAUUUGGCCAUUUGCUGAAAGAUUUUUUAAACUUCUGCAAUGACAAUGUUGAACACUACAAAUUCUGUGUAGUUGCGGAGCACAGAUUAAUAAAAGUUCCGAGAAAUCCCACCAAUGGUACGCGCUUCAGAGCCCCAACAAUGGGGACAAGACUUUUACGAGUGGACUAUACAGUAGAACCUCCCUUAGCGGACACCUCUCUAUUAAGGACACCCUCUCUAUUAAGGACACUAAUUUUGGUCCCAAAUUGGGUGUUUCGGUUUAAUUUGACCUCUCUAAUCAGGACACGUUUCUAUUAAAGACAGGACUUGUCAGUCCCGAGGGUGUCCUUAAUAGAGAGGUUCUACCUCAUUGUUAAAGAAAUUCUGGUUCUAUUCACGAUAGCAGGAGCGAAUUGCUCAAGCAUUUAUUCCUGAACAUCGAAAUGAUAAUGAAAUCUGAAUAGUUUAGAAGAACAUCAAUGGUGCUAGGAAGCGGGAUCUACAUUUUUUAUUCAAUAUCUCGGACAAAACAAUGUCUUAUAUGCACAUGUAGAGGGAAAAUAGCACUUUGCAGUGCCAAACUUGAAAGGCUUUAGAAUUAUCCCAUGCACUUAUGUAAAGCCAGGUACAGACAUUACUUGGUAAGAUCGAUAUCCUUAUAAACAAAAUAUCAUGUGUGAAAUUGACAAGUAUAGACAAUACUUGGUAAGAUGGAUAUCCUUAUAAACAAAAAAUCGUAUAUGAAAUUGACAAGUACAUGUAUAGACAUUACUUGGUAAGACCGAUAUCCUUAUAAACAAAAGAUCAAGUGUGAAAUUGACAAGUAUAGAUGAUACUUGGUAAGAUCAAUAUCCUUAUAAACAAAAAAUCAUAUAUGAAAUUGACAAGUACAUGUAUAGACAUUACUUGGUAAGACCGAUAUCCUCAUAAACAAAAUAUCAUGUGUGAAAUUGACAAGUAUAGAUAAUACUUGGUAAGAUUAAUAUCCUUAUAAACAAAAAAUCAUUUGUGAAAUUGACAAUAACGGAUAUUUUGCCAGAAGAGUGCAACCCUUGAUUGCGCCAGAGUCUUUCAAAUUGAAGGACUCCGACUUGGUUGAGCGACAUUAUACACAUGACGUCAUGCAAGUACUGUCAAGACAUCAGAUGAAAAGACGUCAUGCAAAUACUGUCAAGACAUCGGAUGAAAAGACGUCAUGCAAGUACUGUCAAGACAUCGGAUGAACAGAACAAACAAAUCCUGCUGUUUUCUGUGCCAUGACACAUUGUUUUCCUGACAUCAUGGCCAAUUGACCAUUUCGAGGAUUCUACAUAUUUUUUGCAUUGGCGACACAAUCCUGAAACGGUGCGGGGGGGGGCAAGGGGCAUCAUGUCUUUUAACCCCUCAAGUGCUGUACUCUAAGUUAAGAGUACCAUCUUUUCUGUAUUGUGCGUCACUCUGGCCAACAGCUGUAGAAGAGAUAAACCUACAGUCCAAGUCACAAUUGACAUCCCUUAAUUUGUGUCAAAGGCGCGUAAAUGGUGAGCAAGUUGCAUGGUCCCACCCGAGAGUCCGUCAAAUAAUCUUGAUUGACCCAUUUCGCGUAUGCACCACUCAACUUAUGUCACUCGGGCGCAACUUGCCUGCAUGUGACGCCAAAGUUGUGAGUAACUUACGCAUAGCAGAAAGGAUGUCAAUUGUGAUUUGGACUGUAUAACCUAUCUAGUCUGAAGAAAUGCAUUUCCGUAGGGUAUCGGCAUCUCAAUAGGGGGUGCUGAUUUUUACUACCGUAGGGCAAGCGCCAAAUGUCGCAGCAAGGCAGUACCCUAGCGACAGUCAUCACAACGUAGCCGGCGUAGUUUUGCUAGUACCGUAUUCUUCAGAGUGUAUGCUCUGAGAAAGCAGAGUGAAUGUUGUAAACAUUUCAAAUAUGCAUGUUUGUGCAUGCAUAAUAACUUAUGUAUAGCUUGUAGUAGUAAUAGUUAGUAGUGUGGUAAUGACUUUGUACAUUUCUAUUGGUAGUGUUCUUUUUAUUGAUGUUUUAGUUACCUGUAGGUUGUAAUUUUGUCCCACACUUCAAUAGAAAAUACUUGAAUAUCUUUAGGAGACUCUACAUCUAUCAGAAAUGUUAUCAAGCCUGUUACAGCUCUUUUGUCUUCAUGUGCCUGUGCUUACUCAAGGAUUCUUGGAGAACAACGACUAUGAGAGUGGCCUGUGUUGGCAGUGAUGGACAAUGUUAUCAAUCGAUCUAGUUCAAGGGCUGUUGAGAGAUCUACAUGUAGUUCGGACUAUGUCUCAACAUUUUGUUGAAGUGUUUACUCAUAAAGUUCGUAAUAACUGGUAUUACAGUUGUUUUGGUCACAGAAUGCUAUAUAAAUGAUCUAUUUUGUGUCUGCAAUAUUUUUCAGUUCUAUUACUGUCAUGACUUUGACCUGCAUUUCCAAUGUUGAACUUCUCAAUCUAGUCCUAUGAAAAACUAUGCUCCUAGAGACUUGAUUUCUUAUAACCAAAUUGUUCAUUGAUAUUUUUCAACUGAAUGCAUUUUUACAUCUUUUGUGUGUUGUUUAAUACUGUACCAUACAUUGUGUAAUAAAUGGUAUGAUGAUCAUGAUAAGUUAAAAACGUGUCUUUCCUUCCCUCAAUUGAUAGUCAAGCUCAGAUAAACCAUCCAGAGUCUUUUCUGAUUGUAACAUACCAGUGAA